AUGUUCUCUUUCACUGUGGCAUGUGAGAAACUGACAUUGAGGCUGAGGAAGAAGACAUUCGAAGCCAUGUUGAAACAAGAAAUGGGGUGGUUCGAUAGGAAAGAAAAUGGCGUUGGAGCUUUGUGUGCCCAACUUUCUGGAGAUGCUUCCAGCGUCCAAGGGGUAGCCGGUGUACAGAUUGGCACGUGCAUGAACUUUUUAUCAACAUUGAUUCUAACUGCAGCCUUCUCGUUUUAUUAUGAAUGGAAACUGACCCUCGUGCUGUUGUCUUUUUGCCCAUUCAUAUUCUUUUCCAUAUAUUUCGAACAGAAAUCUCUGCAGGCGAACGCUCUGAAAAAUCAAAAAAUGCUUGAAAAAUCUUCGAAGUUAGCCGUGGAAGCCAUCGCCAAUAUAAGGACAGUUGUAUCUUUGUGCUGUGAGUCUGUUUUUUUGGAACUGUACGUACAAGAGCUUCAGCCAUAUCAAAAAGUUGCAAAGAAGAAAUGCCAUUUCAGAGGUUUCGUAGUAGGCAUUGCCAGAAGUCUUCUUAUUUUUGCCUAUUCAGUGGGUAUAGUUUAUGGUGCCAAACUAAUAAUCGAUAGGGAGUUGGAUUAUGCUACUGUUUUCAAAGUCUGCGAAGUCAUGAUUUUUGGAUCUUGGUCUAUUGGAAACGCUAUGUCAAUAACUCCAAAUUUCCAGAAGGGUCUUGUUGCGGCUUCUAGGAUAAUUGCAUUAUUGGAAAGAGUUCCUCUCAUUCGGAACAUCAUCAAUCCAGUGAAUUGUGCGUGGGAUAAUGAGAAUAUAGAGUAUUCUCAAAUUUACUUCUCAUAUCCCACGAGGCCAUCUGUAUCAAUCCUCAAUGGACUCAACCUGUCGAUACUGGAAGGAAAAACUGUUGCAUUGGUAGGAGCCAGCGGUUGUGGAAAAUCUACAAUUAUCCAGCUUCUAGAACGAUUCUAUGACCCAGCAUACGGAGAUAUUUCUAUAGGAGGAGAGUACACCAAGAAGAUGGACAUCAGCUUCUUGAGGUCUCACUUGGGAAUAGUUUCCCAGGAGCCGAACCUUUUUGACAAAACCAUUGCCGAAAAUAUUGCCUAUGGUGCAAACUACAGAGAUGUUAAUAUGGACUCCAUAGUGAAGGCUGCAAAGAGUGCGAAUAUCCAUAGUUUCAUCACUUCUCUACCAUUGGGUUACGAGACUAAAAUCGGCAGUAAAGGAACUCAGCUGUCCGGAGGCCAGAAACAGAGGAUCGCGAUAGCCCGGGCCCUGGUUAGAGAUCCGAAGAUUCUGCUUCUAGACGAGGCUACAUCAGCGUUAGAUAACGAAAGUGAAAAGAUUGUUCAAGAAGCUUUGGAUAACGCUAGAAAAGGUCGUACCUGUAUAACCAUCGCUCACAGAUUAACAACCAUUCAAGAUGCCGAUGUUAUUUGUGUACUCAAAGAGGGAUUCGUUGCAGAAAUGGGAAAUCAUAAGGAACUUCUAGAAAAACGCGGACUGUAUUAUAAAUUCUAUAAAUUACAAAGUGGCCAAAUGACCCAGACACUAAGAAAAGAAAUAAGAAUGAAGUACCGACCAGUAUUAGGAAAAAAUGUUCCAUUCCAUAGAUUGUUCAGAUUUGCAACAUCACUCGAUAUACUUUGUAUGCUGAUAGGUUCUAUCUUUUCGUUGGUAUCUGCUCUCUUCGAACCAUAUUUGAUCAUACUUUAUGGUGACUUGACGGAAAAUAUACUGGAAUAUAUCAGAUCGAAUAAUGGCACCUCAACAGAGAAAGAGCUCGUGGAGAGAAAAUUAACGGAAGCAACUAAACACUUUGCUAUAAAUAUCUCAGCUAGUGGUGCUGGAAUAAUAAUUUCCACGUAUUUAACAUCUAUUUUAUUCAGUUAUGCUGCCGAUCGACAAAUAUUCAAACUGAGGCAGGUUUUAUUGGAAAAGACUGUACAUAAAGACAUUAGUUGGUAUGAUACUCAUCAAACUGGUGAUUUUGCUACUGUAUUCACUGAAAACGUUGCCAAGUGGGAAGACGCCAUCAGUGAAAAAUUUGGAAUAUUUUUAUAUCAUGAGUCAGUAUUUGUGGUCUGUCUCAUUGUGAGUCUCUUCAAAGGAUGGAAACUUGCUCUGGUUUGUUUUGUUUCUUUGCCGCUAACAACUUCAUUGAUGAGCUGCAUUUCAUGGAUCUCGUCAAAAUUAUCACAACAGGAAAUGCAAUCAUAUGCUGAAGCAGGAGCUGUAGCUGAGGAAGCUUUCAGUUCCAUAAGAACUGUAUUUGCUUUCGAUGGUCAGAAGAAAGAAAUUGAUCGAUACAAUAAACAUUUGAUGGAUGCUAAAAAGAGUAACACGAAAAGAAACGUUUUCAAUGCUUUCAGCAACGGCCUCAUGUGGCUCUUCUUCUAUUGUAGCUAUUCGUUAUGUUGGUGGUAUGGCAUCGGUUUAAUUCUCGACGAGAGAAAUCUACCAGAAGAGGAUCGUGUGAACACCCCUGGAAAUAUUGUUACGAUUUCCAUAACAACAAUGAUCGCUUCUUGGAACUAUCAAACCUCUGCACUAUUUGUUGAGUUAUUUGCUGCAGCAAAAGGUGCAGCCAAUAAAAUUUUCUUCAUACUAGACGAAGAUGAACCGAAAAUCAAUAAAAUCGAAGCUACUGCCAUCAAACCCGCAAAAUUUACAUCAAGUGUCAGAUUCGAAGGAGUUAGUUUCAAAUAUCCGGCCAGACCAGAAGUAGAGGUAUUGCAAGAUUUCAACCUGGAUAUCAGAUGUGGGGACACGGUUGCUCUAGUAGGAACUUCUGGUUGUGGAAAAACAACCUGCGUGCAACUUCUACAACGCUUUUAUGAUCCUGAUGAAGGAAAGAUUUACAUCGACAAGAAUGAUAUCAAGGAUAUUGAUAUAUCUUGCUUAAGACGAAAAAUUGGUGUUGUAAGUCAGGAACCCUCCCUCUUUGCCACAACCAUUUCCGAAAAUAUAAGGUUCGGAAAACUAUCAGCUACCCAGAGCGAGAUCGAAGCAGCUGCAAAGAAAGCCAACGUUCAUGAGUUUAUAGUAAAUCUUCCACGUGGAUACGGAACUAUCGUUGGAGAACGAGGGACUCAACUCUCUGGAGGACAGAAGCAGAGAAUCGCGAUCGCGAGAGCCUUAGUGAGACAGCCUGAGAUAUUGAUACUGGAUGAGGCUACAUCUGCUUUGGAUACUACCAGCGAAGCUGAAGUACAAGCUGCUCUUGAGAAGGUCAGCGGUGAAUGUACAACAAUUAUAGUAGCCCAUCGUCUAUCCACAAUAAGACGUGCUAAUGUUAUAAUUUUUAUUUCCAACGGAAAAGUUGUCGAGAAGGGAACACAUUGUGAACUGAUGGCAGCUAAAGGAGAUUAUCACAAAAUGGUGCUAGCUCAAGGGAAAAACGAAGAACAAAAAGAAAUGUCUACAAGUGUUGGAGGAAUAACUAUUCAGGAAAAAUUGCAACAAAUUGAUACAAAUGAAGAACAAACAUGUGAGUCAAAAGAAAAAGUUAUGGGGUCAAUGUCGAAGAUUCUCGAAAUGUCUCGACCAGAGUGGAAACAAAUAGUUUGCGGAUGUUUUGGAUCCGUGGUAAAUGGUAUCACUUUGCCACUUUAUGGUAUUUUAUUUGGAUCUAUGAUUAAGGUACUGUCCAAUGUUGACGAUGAAAAUGUCAUCACACAGAGAAAUCGUAUUUGUUUAUAUUCCUGCAUCAUUGGUGUUAUAUGUGGAUUAUCACAUUUCCUUCAGCAUUUUUUCUUGUCUUCGGCCAGUGAAAACCUCACACUGCGAAUUAGAAAAAUGGCAUUUCGUACCAUGCUGAAACAAGAAAUUUCUUGGUACGACAGAACAGAGAAUAGCGUCGGUUCACUGUGCUCAAAGUUAUCAGGAGAUGCAUCUAGUGUGCAAGGGGCUGCCGGGGUACAGAUAGGAUCGUGUCUUCAAUUUCUAGCGACAUUCUUGUUAUCCUGCUUCUAUCCAUUGUACCUCAAUUGGAAGUUGACACUUGUUUUACUAUCGUUUUUUCCACUCAUUCUCCUUUUUGUGUUUUUGGAAAAAAAAAUCAUUCAAAAUGACGCAAAGGAAAACCAGAGGGUCAUCGACGAGUCUACGAAGUUUGCAGUUGAGGCUAUCACCAAUAUAAGGACAGUAAUCUCUCUGGGAUGUGAGCCAGUGUUCCUUGAUUUAUUUCAGAGGGAGCUCGUUAUCUACCAAAAGAUGGCACAUAUAAAAUCCCACAUUCGCGGGCUGUUCCUAGGAUUUGCACGCAGUAUUCAUUUUUUCACUUAUUCGGCAGCUUUCACGUAUGGAGUGAACCUUAUAGAGACAAAGGAGAUAGAAUAUGAUAAGUUGUUCACUAUAGCGCAAGUUACCUUGUCUGGUGCAUGGUCCAUAGGAAUUGCCCUCUCUUUCACUCCUAAUUUUCAGAAGGGUUUUUUGGCAGCUGGGAGACUAUAUUCUCUGCUGGGAAGGGUUCCGACCAUCAAGAAUAUCGUCAACGCUGACAGAAAUAUUUGGGUGAGUUUAUCUUGA